AUGAAUAAGCCGAGCCGCACUCAUCCCAAAGAUUAUAGCCUGAACCCCGCAUUUGUCCCUGAAGAGCCGCAAUACCACCGCGCUUCAGAGAAGCCCCGAUUGGACCUCUCUAAAUAUUGGAAAUUGGACGAGGAUAUUGGGUUCUCGCUGCUUCUCAUGCGCAUCCGAGAGUACAUGAUUGAAGUGAAUUGCUGGAAGAGCUGUCGUCGGUGGUUACUGGAUGAGCUUAACGGAGAUGAGAAAUCUGCAAACGAGCGAUUCGCUGAUCCGUGCGAAUGCAAAAAGCCACUUGAGCACUAUGGGGACAAUUGUGAUUCGGCGACGUUGAUGCUUAGAAUGAUGACUGGAGGCUUUUCGAGCGAACCGACCGACCUUCCUGGCAUGCUCGAGCCCGGAGACACUAGAUAUAUCGCGAUGCUGCAAGCUAAGAACAUCAGUUUCUCGAAUUUCUUCAUCGAAAUGAGACGCUACAUGGUGGCCGCCGGUUGCUGGGAGAAAUGCCAGGACGCCAUUGCGCAUCUGAACGAAACUGAUUUGAGUGCAACGUUGUCAUGGGAUGACUGUAGCUGUCGGCUUUUAGCGCUGGGAAAGGAAAGUCGGUUCAUGUAUAAUUCGCAUCUGCUCGGCGCUACGAUGUGUUAUCGUGUC